AUACUAUCACAAUGCAAAACAAAUUGAAAUAAAUGUGCAGUAGUUUAAAUAGUUGUAGGAAGCGGCUUAAAUUUCUUUUAUAGUGAACGAUAAUUUGAGUUUCGUGCAUUCGAUUGCAAUACCACUCCCAUCGCAAGUAGCUCACGUCAGAUGCAUGUGUGCGUGUGUUAAAAUUUCUACACUAAUACACCAACAUCACCCACAUUGCUGCGGCAGCACUCUUAAUACAAAAAGAUGAAAAUGCUACCAGCUUUUUACUAUAAUGCGCCGUUUUAUAACAGUAGCACCUAAGACUUGAUUUACAAACAAUACGCACCAAAUAAUUGAAUCAAACGCACACCAAUUUGAGCAGAAAUUUUAGAAAUUUCUGCUUGGAAAUGUCUAAAAAUCACAGAGCGAAAUAAAACUUGACCGAGAAUACACUUGCCUUUGAAAAAACUGCAAAUUCACCAACGCUGAAAAUGAACGCAAUGCUGAGCGUGCCCGUAUGCUAGAGCAGCAGCACUAUAACAUGCUAUGGUGGGUUCUUAUACGGCAUUCAUAUGCUGCCACGUCUUGUCCACAAGCGAGGCCGGUGUGUUGAAUUUAGAGAUGAUAACAAGCGUGACAUGCUAGAUAUUCCAAUCGAUUUACAGAAUGUUUUAUCCAAAAACUCCAUUUUAUGGUAAAGGAUUACUACUAGAAAAUCAAAUUCUUAAAGUAAACUCCCACGAAUUGAACAAACUAUUACCAUGGCUCUGCAAGACGCCCCGCACUACAACAUAUCGCAUCAACACACUACGCACCAGUGUGGCGGACUACAAACUGAAAUUGGAAACCAAAUUAAGCGCGCUUUAUGGUUCGUCAGCUCCUCUAGUUUAUGGGUUGAAGGAAAUACCUGAAAUGCUGUGCAUUUCACCUUUGGACACAACAACGGAUAAUAAAUAUGAUGACUGCCGCAAGGAGCUUAUUGUUGACACCAGUUGCGGCGCUGCGGUAUUGCGUGGCGCACACAUUUAUGCUCCUGGCGUGUUGGCCAUGGAAUCUGGCACUCAGCUUCAUGAACUUGUAAAUGUGUUCGCCGAUUUGCCAGGCAAAUGUAAGCGGGGCACAGCAACGCGCUACGACUGCAAUGAGAAGAUCUUCAUAGGUGUGGGUGAGGUGCUCAUGCAACGCCAUCAGCUGUACAACAACAAGGAACAACCAGCUUCGGGAAUUGCUGUGCGCAUGCAAACGAAUGUAAGUGGAGUUCCCACAUUGGGAGAUCUAAGUGAUGAAGAUGCACUGCUCCAGAACUUGCCCUCAAUGGUAUGUGUAAGGGUGCUAGAUCCUCAGCCGGGUGAACGCAUUCUUGAUAUGUGCGCGGCACCAGGCAACAAAACAACACACAUGGCCGAACUGAUGUGCAACAGAGGCACCAUAAUUGCCCUGGAUAACUCAGCGAGUCGUGUGCGCUCUAUGACAGAGAAGCUUGCCAAUUACACCUGCAUUACGGCGCAUCAAUUUGAUGCUACAAAAGCAUGGGAUGACAACAGUGAUAUAGAUUCAAUAGCUCCGCCAUUUGCAUCCGGUAGCUUUGAUCGCAUACUAUUGGAUGCACCCUGCAGUGGAUUGGGAAAUCGUCCGCAGCUCUGUUGCAACAUUAAGCAACCCAAGGUGCUUCAAUCCUAUCCACAUAUACAGCGCAAUAUACUAUCUCAGGCUGUGCCCUUGCUCCGUCCUGGUGGCAUCCUUGUCUACAGCACCUGCACCGUCACCGAGGCUGAAUGUGAGGAGAUCGUGUCCUGGGCUUUGCGCAAAUACACUGAACUGCAGCUAGUGGAUGCGACACCGAAACUGGGUGCACCUGGUCUACCAUUGCCAGGUCUGGAAGCUGCUCAGUGCGACCUUCUGCAGCGCUUUGGGCCAAGUCGUGAGAAUCGUAUGCAAAACUUGGAUACUGUCGGCUUCUUUAUAGCCAAAUUUCAGAAGAAGCGAGAGAUUAGUUAGAACUAAGCAACUUACUGUAAUAACUAUGAUUGAAAGCUAUAAAAUAGAAUAAUAUAUAAAAUUAAUGUAUCGGAACUGUA